AUGAGGCUCCUCAUCUCCUUCGUCUACGUCUUCGCCCUACUGCUUCUACCACCUAUCAUCAUAUGUUGGUACGCUCGUCGCAAGGGCAGGCAGCAGCGAAGGAAACUUGGUAUGGCUGAUCCCAGCGAGUUUGGUCACGCAUGGUCGAAGUGGUUGGAGACCAACACUUACGUUACCAGUGUGGAUGAGGGAAGCUGUGCUAUCUGUCUCUCCGACUUCCUCCCGGCUCAGCAAGUUCGAGGUCUACCAUGCAAGCACUUGUUCCACGUACGAUGCUUUGAUGGUUGUUUUGUCACUAGCCUCCCUCCUAUGGGACGAUGCCACAAAGCAGCAGUGCUCAUUUGCUACGGUUGCUUUGUAACUAUUUUGCCACCAGUGCUCAUCGUUGUGGUCGCCUAUGUGCUGGAGAAGAGUCACUCGGCAGACAAGAGGCGUGAGAAGUGCGAGAAGGCCUUUUUCGACGAGUGGUCCCUGUGGGUCUCCUCUGAGACGAAAAUUGAGAAGCUGAGUGACGCUGAUAUCGAGGACUGUAUGGAGAAAGGCGACAACAGUGGGUGUGUUAUUUGCCUUGAGGACUUCGCUGUUAGUGAUGACGUCAGAGUGCUUCCAUGUGGUCAUAAAUUCCACGUCCAGUGCUUCGACUCGUGCUUCGAUCGCCUGCCUUGCAAUCCAGCCUUAGAGUUCCACCAGUGCCCACUGUGCCGCACUCAAUUGGGUCCUAGUUUACCCAAACGUAACCUUACUGGUGGCAUUUCUGAUGAUAUUAUUAUUAACCGUACGUCCAGCGUAUCGGAGGCUAGUACUACUGUUAGUGUUUAG